GGGUGAACCUGCCGUGGCAGCGAUGGGACGAGCACGGAGAAAUGACAGCUUGUGCUGGAAUUUAGGCUGAACCGCAUCCCAGCUCAGGCGGACGGACAGGACAGCACUGCCGGCUCGGUCGAACUAUGUGACAGCUGGAGGUUCUUCGUUCUGAGGCGUUAUGUUUUAUUUAUUUUUAAAUCUAGGUAUGGAUUCUGUGAAACGGGUGCUAAAGUUGACCCGGCGCUGUCCUUUCGAUGUUGCGGUGCUCCGGCUGAAACUCGGCUAGAUUUGAACGCUUGUGGAAAUGCUCCCUCUCUCCCGGCGGGACGGGGACGUUAUUUUCAGCUGUAGGGGAGAAAUAACGGGAGCGGCUGUGAAGGGGAUAACGGAAUUACCUCUCUGACCGAAGAACUGUGAGCCGCCGAUCACCCUGAAGCUGUCCAGGAUUUCACCAGGCUGAUGACACUGGAGACUUUCCAGUCAAUUGUUUUAUAGGUAGACUUCUUUUUGCAUGUUGUUUUUUAUGCGCAAAACCCCACAAUUCAUUCAAUUGCACUGCAUGGGCCGUUAAUCCGCACAUGUAUAAACACGUUCAGGAUAACGCUCUAAAUUUCACUUUUUAUUGUGAGGAAUUAUGUUUUUGCGGAUUAAAUGGAGAUCAGGCUGCUCCAUAUAAUGUGAAAUUCACCUCUGGGCAUCAUUUUUAUUAUAAUUCUGGACAUAUAGCAUUCACUAAGAUAUAAUCGUGUAAUUACAAAAAUUAUUACACAAAAGAGAAUCUGACGCCAAGAUGUAACAUUAGUAGUUUUAGUUAAUUAUUUAGCUCAUAAUUACCCGAGCCUUUUACGUGCACCUUUCCAAUGGAUGCAUGUUGCCAAAAGGUCAAGUCCUUUUGUGAAAAAUCGCUUAUGAAGCAAUGACUUUUAACUAGACAGCAUGAACACAUCUGUGCAAGCAUAAAGGAAAGUUUCUGUUUCUGCACUUGUUUGAUGAAGUUGCGUUUACGCACCGGAAAGCAUGUGCUCUACAAAUAUGAAGAUGUUCCUGGCCCGUCUUCUUCUUCUUUUUUGAAAGAAGGUUUGAAUCAAAAAUGUGCACAGAUGCAUGGCUUUUUUUUCACGAGACAGCCUGCUAUAAAUAAACGCUUUUUAAUCUGGUAAACCUUUUUGGAAAACAUGAUGUGGAUCCACCUGUGGUGAUUUUCUUGCUGUUUCCAUGCGUAUUUCUUCUUCUCCAGACCUCUGGACGUUGUUGUGGAUUGUGUUGCUAUUUAAUGCAAUGGGCUGUAUCCAGAGUAUCAGGUGUAAGCCCAAGAGUUUCCGAGACAGUAUCACCGUCCUGGAGGUGAACACUUCCAUCGACCCCAACCCCACCAGCAUCGACGAGUCAUCCAGCGUGGUCCUGCGCUACCGGACACCGCACUUCCGAGCACUUGCUCGGGUCCUAGUGCCGCCAGUAGCCGGUAAAGAGAUAUGGACCAUCGGCUGGAUCCAAGCCUGUAACCACAUGGAGUUCUACAAUACGUAUGGAAACAAAGGGAUGUCAAGUUGGGAGCUCCCCGACCUGCGAGAUGGCAAAAUUCAGGCUAUCAGCGACUCGGAUGGGGUGAACUACCCGUGGUACGGCAACACCACGGAGACCUGCACUGUGGUGGGCCCCACCAAGAAGGACAGCAAGUUCACUGUUAGUAUGAAUGACAAUUUCUACCCCAGCGUGACCUGGGGUGUGCCCGUCAGCGACAGCAACGUGCCUCAGCUCACCAGCAUCCGCCGCGACCAGAGCUUCACCACCUGGCUUGUGGCCGUUAACCAGGCCACCUCAGAGACCCUCGUCCUGCAGACAAUCCGCUGGAGGAUGCGGCUUCACAUCCGAGUGGACCCGGAGAAGCCUCUGGGUCACAGGGCUGCUCUGAACGAGCCCGUGACCCAGGAACAGCCUCAGAUCCUGGGCAAGAAUGAGCCCAUCCUCUCCAACGCCAUGGUCAAGCCCAACGCCAACGACGCCCAGGUGCUGAUGUGGCGGCCAAAGAAUGGUGACCCUAUGGUGGUCAUCCCACCCAAAUACUGACCUGUUUCACUGACCAGACUGGCCUUGGAUACCUUAACAGUAUCAUCUCUUAUUUUUAUUUUGUUCCUGCUCGUCACCAGCUCUCACUGCUUUAACCCCUCCGCUCAUUUUUGCCUCUUCGUUUAAAAAAAGACUGAACGAGAGAGAAAAAAAGGCAAAUAAAACCAGCUCUGUGAGAAAGACCAGCUGUUGCUCUGAGGUGGGGGCUUUUGAAACUGGAGCGAACAAACUGCAACCAUUCUACCUUCAAAUUGGGUCGGGAUCGCACUGUGCUAAAUGAAAGUGUGCAAAAAUGAAAAACAAGAGGAUUUCUUUGUUUUUUAUUUCAGUUUUAUAUGUUGUGAUAUGAGGUUUGUGAGUGUGGGUUAAGUAUUUACAUGUCCAUGUCUGCGCACAUGAUACAUACAUGGACAUGCACAAACCUUGUGUAUGAAUACCAGUUGUGUUUUUAUUUAUAGACUGGGAGAGAGUGCAUUUUAUUUUGUUUAUUGUUGCAUUUGGUGACAUAGCAGAUUUUCAGUUUUCUUUUUUAAAACAUGCGAGACAUUCAAUCCAUGCUGCCUUAAGUUUACAUCGCUUUCUACUGCAAACUUUUUAGCCUUAAACAAAGUGCAAUGCAGUAUUUUGGUCAUUUGUCCCAUCUCUACCAGACAGUUGGUGCUGGCAUAUGUGGAUUUAGGAACAAUACCAUAGAAGAAGAUCCUAGUUCCAAGUAUUUUAUGUUCAGUUGCAUUUGCCUGACAAAUGUAUUGUCUCAUGAGUUCAACCAGCAUUACGGUACACACAGUUAUACAACCCAGCUGGUUGUGUUUCAAGUGCAUUAUGCAACGGAAGAGCUGUUCUGUACCGGAACAGAGAACACCAGUAAAGCCAACGCUCGUCAAUAGCACUCAACACAGUAAUGUGCAAUAGCAACUUGAACAAAAAGUACUUAAAAGCACACCUCAGUUAACCUCACUUCAUUAACAUUAUUCUAUUAUAGGCCGUUGUAGCAUUUAACAUCAGACACAACUCUUCCUUUCUAUUUAUCACUCCAUCUCAGGUCCUCUUUUCACUUCCUUUCCUUCUCUUGAUUCAUCCAUCCGGUCUGGCCUACUCUCUAGCCACAGUGAGUAACAGAGUGUUAGCAAAGCACACAUUAAACAAUCAAUACCGUGAUCAUUUAGCAGCCACAGACAAGGAAAACAACUGGAGACUUAAAAAACGGAGAAUUAAAACAGUGGGAUGUCUGCCAUGUUGUCAAUCUCGACAAUCAAAUGAACAGUUGUUUUUUUAUUGUUGCCUUCCUUUAAACACCCCCUUUCUUUCCGUAAUACUAAGCAUGUCUCUCAUGUUGGUUCCUCAAUCAUCUGUAAUCUUCAUCUACACAAGAGUUCCUCCUCCCCCUUUCCCUCCCCCUUCUUUCUCUCAAACGUUGUUGAGGCUGAAAAGCAGAGCAGGAGGCAUGCAAGUUUCCUCCUGACUGCUCGGAUGGCAUAUAGAUGACCCACUUCUCUGCCCUGCCAGUUGUAGCCCUCACCGCUGAUAUGUGGGGCUUGUUUCCCUUUUUUGUCCCUGCCAGAAAAUGUAAGACGCAAACACAUGAAUACACAAACAGCUCUGGUCAGCUAAAUACCAAUAUUAAUUUAUUUAAUGUCUGUUUAGCUUUUAAUCUUGAAAAAAAGGGCUUAAUCUGCAAACUGAAACUCCUAAAAGCAGAGAAAAAUGCUGAAUUUUGCAUCAAGGGAGGUCAAAAUAUAAGUAAAAAGGUUAUUUAUGCAAACAUAGUAUAGCGACAGCAGGAAACAAACAAAGAUAUUACAAAAUCUGCUAGGGAGCUCUGUAACUUUGCUAUGUAAAUGGCCAGGUUUUUACUUUCAAAUGUUGCAAACAUCUUGCAAGCUUGCUGUGGUCACCAACUUCCUGUGUUUUGCCUCUAACCAAAGAAAUAAUUAGCAUGCAAGUCUAACCAGUUCACGUUUUUCACAAAGAUCAGUAAGCUGCAGCUAUUUCAGUGUAUUAGUGUCUCCUGACUGUCAACUGUACAACAUACUCAUCCAUCAAACUUGGUCCAAGCCGCAUUUCUUAAGGAUAUUCUGUCCAUUUAAUUAUUACAAAACAGAAACAUUUUAAGAUUUAACUCAGUUCUUUGAUUUGCGUGAUAUUUCUACCAAAACUUCAAAGGAAUAGUUCGACGUUUAGCAAAACAUGCUAUUUUUAUUCAAGAUCAAUACAACUCUCAUGUAUGCAAACUUUCCAGCUGUUAGCUUAGCAUGAUGGGAAAUAGCAUGGCUCGGUCAAAAGGUAACACAAUAUACAUACUAGCACUUCCAAAGCAAAAUUACCAGCACAAUAUCUCUUUUGUUUUAUGCGUACAAACCAAAGUAUACAAAUUACAAAUUGUGGCUUUACAGGGAGUGUUUACUCUUUUAGUGUUUUGCUAAGUUAGCCCUCUUUUUUUAUAUCCGCAACCCAGUCUCACGGCAUUUCGUGUUAUAGUCACGAAAUUAAUCUAUUGAUUCAUGUUCACCAACAUGAUUUCCCCAUUUCUUUUGUGUCACACAGAACGAUUUUAAAAGCAAUGUAAAUAAUAACAAAUUAGAAGGAAAGAAGAUUGAAAAAAAUACAGAUUUCAGUAUUCUGAAACAGAACGAUUUUAGAAGCAAUGUAGGCUAUUUCUAUUGGUAGUAUGUUUCGUGUCUGCACCAAAGAAUAACAAACUAGAAGGAACAUUUUUUUUAAAAAUACAGAUUUCAGUAUUCUGAGGCUCUGAGCCCCAUUUAUUUUCCUCGCGGACAGCAAAGUAUAUUGAGUAAGAACAUGUUUUUAUGAACCACACAGCUUCCAAGACCCGACCGGACAAAAAUACAUGGUGCAGACACGAAACAUACUACCAAUAGAAAAACAUUGCUUUUAAAAUCGUUCUGUGUGACACGAAAACAAAUGGGAAAAUCGUGUUGGUGAACACGAAUCAAUAGAUUACAUUUAUUUCGUGACUAUUACACGAAAUGCCGUGAGACUGGGUUGCAUGCAGAUACAAAAGUGAUACCAAUCUUCCUUUCUAGCCCUCAACAACAAAGCGAGUAAAAUGUUUAACUGUAAUAUUAUAUAUAUACUAUAAUAUAACCGUGAAUAAAAUAGAAGUGUAGUAUACAAAAAUUACAUUCUAUGGAGAAUUAGCUUAACCCUCUGCAGAGCACCAUAUGGAUUAAUAUAGCAAUAUAUAGCUGCACCAGAGCUCAAAGGUCAGUUCAUUACGUCCAUUUCAUGCCACCAGCUAAACUGCUUUGUUCACUUAUAGCUAAGCCCUCACAAGGCCGCAUAUAGACACUCCUGCUCGCUCUCAUUUGUAACUACGAUAGCCUCUGCUUCAGGCUGGGUCGCAGGGCGCUGUGCUGAAGGGAGACGAGAACUUUUGGGGGGUGCUGCUGUCAUAAUUAGAUCUGCCGUGACACACUUCCAUGCCCUAGAUGGACUGAACUGUGCCGAGUCGUGUCGUGCAAUGCAAAGGCUAGCUAAAGUCAUGGGUGAAAUGUAAGUGAGGUCAUAUAGCAAAGGUCAGGGUCCAAGUGUUUGUGUGAAAGUCGCACUCAAAGUGUACUACAGACACAGUAGCAGGGAUGGAUUUUAAUAUGAUGGUGACAUCAAAUUGAAUCUAUUUAGCCAGCUUAAAAUAACUCUGACAUUUACCAAGAGCAACAUGGAUGUCAACCACAAGAUAUUUCAAUUUGUGGUUUUGUUUUGAAGGCAGCAGGGAAAGCUGUGUUCAGUGGUAUAAACGUAGCAUUUGUGUCAGCCUCGAAAUGACCUAUGGAGACAGUGGACAGCACUCUAACUGGACUACAUGUUAUGAAAUGUAAACACAGUGUGUCUGUCUCAUGCUCACAACAAGCAUGUGUGUGUAUUCAUGUGAGCGUGUCUGUUAAAUCCGAUUUGAUGGAUUUAGGCAGGAUGAGGAGUUUCAUUAGUGUGCUUAUAAGUCAUGAUGCUUUCUCUCUUUGGCUCUCAAAUGCAGGAAAGGUUACGUCCUUGUCAUAAAACAGGGACAUAGCUUGCCCUCUCUCUCUCUCUCUCUCUCACACACACACACACACACACACACACACACACACACACACACACACACACACACACACACACACACACACACACACACACACACACACACACACACACACACACACACACACACACCACACACACACACACGCACAAACACCCUGAGGCGAAAAAGGAGUAGGCCUGGCGUGGUAUCUGAUUGUCACAGCAGUGUCACAUUGGCAGUGAGAACUCAUGUAUCAGCCCUGCACGUGGACCUUCUGAACACAUGCUGCAAAGCCAUAUGCACAAACACGCCUGUUCAACCAAUAAACAGGAAGUGAUACAUGUAACAUGUAUCUUUUGUGUCUUAUAGGAGUAAGAACAAUGGAGGAACUGAGGUCAUUGAGUGGGUGCCUGUCAACUCUCAACAGCAUUUCAUGUCAUAUUGUAGGAUAAGGGUUCUAAUUGUCUUCUGUCUGUGUGGGUGAAUCUGUAUUUAUAAUGUGCAUUUUGUGUAAACACAACAGAAGAACUUGCUUUACGUGCUUCCUUUACUAAGCCACAGAAUAACAUAUUGUUUGUUUGUGUAUGGAAGGCAAAAGGUGCCAAAAUUGGACAAAGCCAAAACUAUGCAUUAGGACAUCGUGCACUUUAGAACCUUGUGGCACUUAAUUACAGUCCUGUUUUCAGUUGUUUAGGAACAUUAUUGGGCAUAUUUGUAUUUCCAGGGAAACAUCACAAAUGUAGCCAUGUGGACGAUCUUUUGCUAUUUCUGCUUGUAGGUCUGUGCCAAGCUAGGAGAUAAAAGCCUCCUCUCCUAAACGCACACCAUUACAGUUCUUCUGAUGGCUGCUACCUUUGUUUCAAAACUUUAAGAAGUUAAUUAACUCCUACGAGACAUCAGUUCAUCCUAAUCAUCCCUUCAUUCAAACUAAUAAAACAUCCCAGGUUCACACAUAGGAGCACCUGCCUUUAUUUCCUGCCUUUGACUUUUGGUUUCAUCUCAUCUCAAGCAAAAGUUUAUUUUGCCAUUUCCUUUGUUUGUUUGUAGCCUUUAUUUAACCAGGUGAAAGCCCCUUGAGAUCAAAAGAUCUCUUUUUCAAGGGUGACCUACUUUACUUUAAAAAAAAAAAUGAACACAGUCCCAUGGUUUGAAUACAACCUCAAUGUAGCACAUGUGAUAAUACGAGCGACUAUGUAUGUUUGUCUUCUGGAAAUACAGCUCUGACGUAGUUAAAGCAGUUUUCGUUGUUGUUCAGCUUUGACUUUUACACCAAUACUUGAAAAUGGGUCAGUUCUGGCAAAUAUUUAAAACUGUGAAAAUGCACAACACUGGGAAAACAAACCCUGAAAAAAAUAUAUAUAAAAAGGUAUUUUUCAUGAAGGAAUAAAAUAUACAAAUAAUA